GAGUCUUGUGAUGAGUAACCAGCUCCAUUAAUGAUUCGCAGGGGGACGCGCCGAUCUCCGAGGGGCCCCGAGCGGCGGCCAGAAGGCGCCAAGAUGGCGGCGCUGAGCGGCCGGGCGCGAGGGGCUCUCUGGGUGGCUUUGCUGGCGCUGUGCGGGACUGUGCUGGCCCUGCUGGCCGUCGUCCUGGCCCGGACCUACGCCCCGCGAAGCCCCUCGCCGGCUCCGGAGCUCUGGGCACGGAGGAGCCGGCAGCAGCGCCUGGAGCCCACGUUUAGUCCCCAAGAGCGGCGAGAGCUCAAAGAGGCGCUGCAAGGUGCCAUCAGAAUGCAAACAGUUUCCUUCUCAGCAAAUGAUCAAAAUACAACAGCCCUGGCAGAAUUUGAGCCAUAUAUUCGUAAAGCUUUUCCUGCAGUGUUUUCUGCAGCAUUCAUUAAACAUGAAGUUAUUGGGGAAUAUAGCCACCUAUUCACCAUCCAGGGGUCUAACGCUCAGCUGCAGCCCUACAUGCUGCUUGCACAUAUAGAUGUUGUUCCAGCUUCUCCAGACGGGUGGGACGUCAGUGACCCUUUCUCUGCUGAGGAACGUGAUGGGUUUAUAUAUGGAAGAGGAACACUCGAUAACAAAAACUCUGUUAUGGGGAUUCUGCAUGCUCUAGAAUUCUUACUGAGACGAAAUUACAGACCUCACAGGUCUUUCUAUAUUGGCCUUGGGCAUGAUGAAGAGGUGGGGGGUCGAAAAGGAGCCAUGAAGAUUGUGGCUGAAUUGGAAUCUAGAGGAAUUCAACUUUCUUUCGUGCUUGAUGAAGGAAGCUUCAUCUUCGAUGGCAUUGUCACUGGAAUAGAGAAACCAGUAGCUUCAAUAGGUAUCACAGAAAAGGGUGCCAUUACAGCAAAUUUCACUGUGACAUCAGAGCCUGGUCAUUCUUCUGCACCACCUAAAAGGACAAGUAUUGGUAUUCUUUCUGAAGCAUUAGCCAAGUUGGAGCAGCAUCCCAUGCCCAAUCUGUUUGGUCAUGGGCCUGAAAUCCUGAUGUUUGAGCAAUUGGCACCAGAUUUCAGCUUCCCUCUAAAUGUCAUUAUGUCAAAUUUGUGGCUGUUUGGACCACUUGUUGGAAGAUUUCUUGAACAGACGCCUACCACCAAUGCCUUAGUUCGGACUACCACUGCAAUCACUAUGUUUCAUGCAGGAGUCAAGUCAAACGUUAUUCCCCCCUCUGCAAAUGCAACUGUGAAUUUCCGCAUCCAUUCGUCACAAACAGUUGAUGAGGUCCUGGGCAUAGUCGACAAAACAAUUGAUGAUAAGAGAGUAAAGAUAGAAAUGGAAAGUGCCUUUGAUCCACUCCCAGUGAGCCCUUGGGACGACCAGACCUUUGGAGUGCAGGUUUUCCGCCAGACCAUCCAGGAUGUUUUCCCAGAUGUUGGCAGUGUAGCUCCAGGUAUAUGUGUUGGUAACACUGACAGCAGACACUUUGUCAACCUUACAAAUGCUAUUUAUCGAUUUAACCCAGUGAUAUUUAAACCCGAAGAUUUGCCAAGGUUCCACGGGUUGAAUGAACGAAUAUCUAUUGAAGGUUAUGAAAAGCAAGUGCAGUUUAUCUUCCAACUGAUUCAAAAUUCUGAUAUCAGCCAAUCCACAGAGCCACAUGCAAACCAUGAGUUGUAAAAACAAAAUAGGAAGGCUUCUGUGAGCAUUACUAGGAAUCAGAAUUGCACAAAAAUGCUACAUUCCAUGUUGCUGUCAGUUUUGGAACAUAGCAUACAAAUUUUAAGUCGUAAGACUAUUGUACCGCACUCCAAACAGUUGUGAAAUAUAAAAGCAAGCAUAGAACAAAUCACUUUGGAUCAAAAUGAACAUAUUGAACUUAUGCUGUGUUGUAUUCAGUAGUGGGCUGUGUGGGUGGUACUGUGUUGCUUCCCAACAGCAUGGGGCACUGCCACUUACCAAGAGGAAGAGGGACGCAGCGCAUGGUGGCAGGAGUGUCAGAUUGGCUUAGCUGCCGCACACCAAUCUCUCCAUGCGUUAACCCCUUUCCCAUGCCGUUGUGAAGCCAGGGGAGCAAUGCUGCCUCACUGUUGCCACCUGCAGGCCGCUACUGCAGAUAUUGGAGCCCAGGAAAUAUUAUUGCUGUAUAAAGUUUACAUCCUAAAGAUUAUUGCACUGUUCCCUUAAAUGGAAGGUAUAGCAUUUCUCUGUAAAGAGGGCAAAAUAUUCCUGCAUCGCAGGGGGUUGGACUAGAUCAUCCUAAUGGUCCCUUCCAACUCUACAAUUCUGCAAUUCUUAGUGGGUUAUCAAUUUGGAGAAAUUCUUUUACAGAGGAAUAUUGUGCUGCUAUUCCUGUCAAUCCCUGCCUGCCUGUCCCUUGCUUCUGUGAAAAAGGAAUCACUUUAAUCCUACCCUUUCCAAAUACCAUUGCCUUUAUAUCUUUUUUUUCCUUCCAUUCCCCUAAAUCAACCAUAGGCAACCUUGGCCCUCCAGAUGUUUUUGGCCUACAACUCCCAUGAUCCCUAGCUAACAGGACCGGUGGUCAGGGAUGAUGGGAAUUGUAGUCCCAAAACAUCUGGAGGGCCAAGGUUGCCUAUGCCUGCCCUAAAUGGCAGCUGUGGGGCAGGGGGGCUAUGAUCCAGAGUGCAGUGAAGGAGUUAAUUUACCAUUCCUCUACACAAUGGUGUUCUAAACAUUUGGGUCUGGGGAAAGGGGGGGGGACCAGUUAGCUAAAGAGUGUUAGAAGUCUAGAAGCAGAGAUGCUGUUCCACUUCCAGCUUAAAACAGAACAGCAAUGAUUGUGUGCUAGCAAGUUCUCCCAGCCUGGAAGCACCCUUAGAGAGAUGUAUUUCACUGGAUUCAAGUUCUUUUAUUCUACUCACAGCCUGAUUUACAUGCCUCUUCAUUUUCACUUCUGAAAUGCAUUGUUUUCUGGAUGUCCUAUCAAUUCUCUCUUCCUUCAGUGGGUGUACACUUGACAGGAAGAUGAUUAAUUUGAAUCCUGAUAGGAGCCAGGGGUCUUGUGUCUUUGCUGCUACUCUCAUCUAUAGUCCCCAUGAGAGAUGUUGCAAUAGGACAGCCCCUAGUGCUGCUUUUCAUUUUUUAUUAAUCUUGAAACUUGUCACUUUAAAUUUGAUUACAUAAUUGCUCAGAAAAAGAGGACUUGAUUCAUCUGCUCCUGUAUAGAAGAUUAAAUGUGCUGUUUAUGUAAAGUAAUAUACAGGUUAUGGAAAGAAAGAAAGAAAGAAAGAAAGAAAGAAAGAAAGAAAGAACUUGUCUUAAAUGCUUAAAUUCCUCAGGGAUGUUUACAUGCAAAUUUUCAGGGUUUGAUUUAUAACAGUAUUCUUCCAUAGUCUUUCUGGAAUAAAAUGUGACUCAGUGAAGCCUAUACAACUAGAAAUGGCGACAACACUGGAUUAUUACACUGUGAUCUGGUUUACCCAUAACACUAAGCCAUGGUUUAUUUAACCAUAAAUUGUCCCACAGAUGAUUAAACAAGCCAUGGCUGUUUCAUGAGUUUGAACUGUUUUCCAGUUACUCUUGCCUUGUGCCUUUGUAGUGGGAUAAACAUUUGAGGGUGAUGGUUAGAAAAAAACAAACCCAUGGUUCUAGGAAGUGCUGGGUUCAUACAUAUGAUCGCUCCACAGUUUAACAAACCAAGAUUUAUAAGCUAAUAACAAACCGUGGCUUAAGAUUGUGCCUUUGGUAGCAGUAAACACAUUAUAAUUAAGCCCCUGGGCAGAAUUUUCACAUAACAUUCAGCCAUGGUUUAACAAAAAAAAAAAAAUGUUUAGCAUUAUGUAUGAGCGAGGCCUGUGAUUUUUAUGAACUUCUUAACAAUUAUGUAUGGAUUUGCACUGUAGCUUUAUCUGGAUGUGAUAAUAACUAAGACUUGAUACAGGUUUUUCUUAUGAAAACAAUAAAAAAGGACUACGAUGUGUGUGA